UUUCUGUAAUCAUAUUUUAUACAAUCUAUUAUUAAUGGAAUUACUGCAAAAAAAUUCUCAAACUAAUUUUUUUUGCAAGAAAAACCCUCACCUCAAAAAAAUGCAAGUCAAUCUACUCACCUCAGAAGUCACCCGCAAAAUAACCCCUUUGUGAAGAAGCUGUUAUAUCGUCGACGGAAAUGAAAACACUGCGUUUGGUUUAAAGAAAUAUUGAACGAAAACCGUGUUGUUUUGGGUUUCUGAUACUGCAUGUGGGGUUUAUUUAACAAAGAAGUAAAGAAAGAUCGAGCAAUUAGGGAUAAUAUUAGGGUUUACGCGGCGAGUAUCAAUCGGGACAUCGACAAAGAGAUACGACAAUUCUGUUGGAGCAGCUCUUCCUCAAGAUCAAGUGUUAGCUAUAGAGGUCGACAUGAAGGCCAAUUUGGGAUUCCCUGAAAGUAUUUGUGUGGUGGUAAUGUUGCGCUUCAGACUGCCCACGUUGGUCCAGAUCCCGGAUGGUCGCCACCACAUUAGGAAGUGGUGGGAUGAAGCAAUGAUGGAUGAGGUCAAUGAGCUUAUUGAGAAUGUGGAUGACCUGUCGAAACGGUUGAAUGGUCUUGUUUCACGACCUGAAAUGGAGACAUUGUGUCACAACCUGCAGAAGGUUGUUGAAGAGAUUGAAGAGCUGAAGAAAACAUUUGAAGACCCAGAUCUGGUGGAGAAGAUCAAGGAGUUGGCGAAGGUUGAUGCUCAUGGCGCAGAGCUCCAGUUCAAGAUUGCUGUGGUGGUGGGUGUUGUUGUGAUCUUCAUGGUUUUGAUCAUC